UGUCCUGGGGCCGCCAUGCUGCCCGCCGCGCUGCCCGCCGCCCGCCGGGCGCUGCUCCCGCCGCUCCCGCCGCUCCCGCUGCUCCCCCUGCCGCUGCUGCCGCUGCCGCCGCGCCGCGGGGCCCCCGCCGGGCUGCGGGCGCUCGGCACCGGCCCCGCGCGGCGCUCGGAGGCGCUGGCCGGCGCGCCGCUGGACACGGCGGCCAAGGAGUACUCGCCCAAGGUGCGGCAGCUGGUGCGGGACAUCGCGGGGCUGACGCUGCUGGAGGUGGCGGACCUCAACGCGCUGCUCAAGGAGACGCUGAAGAUCCCGGACGUGGCGGUGAUGCCCGCGGCCGCCGCCGCCUCCCUGCCCGCGCAGGCGGCUCCGCAGGAGGAGGAGGAGGCGGUCCCGCUCAAGAAGGAGAAAACUCAUUUCACCGUCCGGCUGACGGAGCUGAAGGCCGCUGACAAGGUGAAGCUGAUCAAGGAGGUGAAGAACUUCGUGCCUGGAGUGAACCUCGUGCAGGCGAAGAAGCUGGUGGAGUCCCUUCCCCAGGAGAUCAAGGCCAACGCCUCCAAGGAGGAAGCAGAGAAGAUCAAAGCAGCGCUGGAGGCAGCAGGAGGGACUGUUGUUCUGGAGUAGUCUCGGCGUGGAGGGACUGGUGCUGCAGCUGCUGCCCAGGCCGGGCUCCGGACCUUUCCGAGUGCACGCGGCACAGGGGAGCGCUCUCCCAGAGAAUGCUGUAUGGUUUGGCAGAGCUGCUGCCUCCUGCCACCACCGUGAACUCUACCUUAUAAAUACCCAAAAAAACCUCUGAAACGA